GUGUUUUCUGGCACUCCUCGUCAUCCAGAGAAGCCCCCGCCAUUUUCAAACGAACGGUCUCUGCUCGAAAGAACAGCAGCAACCAUGGAGUCUCGCACGCUCUUCCUCCACUCCGUCGCCUUCCCUCCAUCUCCUUCUCCUUCUCCUUCUUCUCGUCCUUCUUCUUUGCUACUCGCCGUCAGUUUGAGGUCCGUCUGUUUCAGAAACCGAGCUCUCCUCAGUCGGUGCUCCGUCGCCUCCCGGACCGCCUCCGCCGGCGGCGGCGGCGGCGGCGAGCCGUCCUCCGCUCGCUUCCAGAGCCUCAGGGUCCUGGAGUGGGACAAGCUCUGCGAUUCCGUCGCCUCGUUCGCCGGCACCUCGCUCGGCCGGGAAGCCGCUAAGGCUCGGUUGUGGUCUCUGGAUCAGACGUACGAGGAGAGCAUGAGGCUGUUGAGCGAAACCAAUGCGGCCGUGGAAAUGCACCGACUUGGCGGGUUCAGCUUGGACUUCAGUGGCAUCGAUGCUGCUCUGGUCAAGUCUGCAAUUCAGCGUGCUCGGAGGGACUCACCCAUGAGCGGACAUGAAGCAAUAGCGGUUGCAUCUCUAUUGCAAUUUGCUGAUACUCUACAGCUGAAUCUACGAGCUGCAAUCAAGGAAGAUGCGGAUUGGCAUGGACGCUUCAUGCCUUUGAGUGAAGUGAUUCUGGAAUUCAUAGUAAAUCGAGCUCUUAUUAAGUUGAUACAGCAAGUCCUUGAUGAAGAUGGCUCUGUUAAAGACUCCGCUAGUCCUUUGCUUAAACGGUCACGUGAACAAGUGCGGAUGCUUGAAAAGAGGCUACAUGAGUUGAUGGAUAAAUUAAUGAUGAAUGAUAGGAAUGAGUCAUCCUUCCAAGAAGUGAGUAAUGUCAAUGGAAGAUGGUGCAUAAAGUCCGGAAUGGAUAAGCUGACAAAUUUGAAUGGUCUACUGAUAUCCAGUGGUUCAGGGAAUGGAAAUAUUAUAGAGCCACUUGCUGCCGUUCCUUUAAAUGAUGAGCUGCAACGAGCAAGAGGAUCGGUGGCAAAGGCAGAGGAAGAUGUGCUUCUAAUGUUAACAAAGAAGAUGCAAAUGGAUCUUGAUGAAACUGAAAUUUUGCUGAACAGAAUAAUCCAACUGGAUAUGAUAAAUGCUCGAGCUACUUAUAGUCUUUCAUAUGGGGGCACAUGUCCUGAUCUGCUUCUACAAGAGGAGAAGAGUAGAUUGCUCGACGCUGAAACAUCCUUGUCAGAGCACAAAAUUUCAAAAUCAUCAAACUCCAUGGAAUGGAUGUUGUUUUUGCCUAAAGCUUAUCAUCCCUUGUUGGUCCAGCAGCAUAGACUAAAUCUGCGCAAGGCCCGAAAGGAUCUCAGCAGUGCUGCUGCAGAAAUAGGAAGGAGGAAAAUGGCAGCAGGAAUGUCAAUUAAAGGAGAGUCAGAGAUUGAUAUUGUAGCCCUGAAAGAGCGGGUUGCAGCCAUCGAACAAGCUAAGCCAGUCGCAGUUGAUUUUUUCAUUUCCAGGGAGACUAAGGUUUUGGUCAUUACUGGCCCUAAUACUGGUGGGAAAACUGUAUGCCUUAAAACAAUUGGCUUGGCAGCUCUGAUGGCAAAAUCAGGCCUAUACAUCUUGGCAGCUGAAUCUGUACGGAUCCCUUGGUUUGAUUCUGUCUUUGCUGAUAUUGGUGAUGAACAGUCUUUGUCCCAAUCUUUAUCUACCUUCUCUGGACACUUGAAACAAAUCAGUGACAUUCAAUCAAAAUCAACAAAACAGUCGUUAGUGCUACUAGAUGAAGUUGGUGCGGGAACAAAUCCUCUAGAAGGAGCAGCUCUGGGAAUGUCACUGCUGGAAUCUUUUGCCAAUGGUGCUCUUUUGACAAUAGCUACAACCCAUCAUGGUGAACUGAAAACCCUGAAAUACAGCGCUGCUAGCUUCGAAAAUGCUUGUAUGGAGUUUGAUGAAGUAAAUUUAAAGCCUACUUACAAGAUUCUCUGGGGAAUUCCAGGGCGUUCGAAUGCCAUCAGUAUAGCUGAAAGAUUGGGACUGCCUGGCACAAUUGUCAAUGAUGCUCGUGAACUGUAUGGUUCAGCAAGUGCGGAGAUAAAUGAGCUCAUUACUGAUAUGGAAAAAUACAAGCAGGAAUUCCGUGAGCUGCAACGUGAUUCACAAUCUUACCUAAUGCUCGCGAGGGACCUUCACAGAAAAUUGUUGGCCGCGCGGAGGAGGAUUGAGGAACAACGUAUUGCUCAAAAGAAUAAGAUGUUUAGAGAAAUAUCAGAGGCUGCUGCAGUGGCACGCUCAAUGCUCCAUAAGAGAGUGCGGGAGUUUCGUGCAUCCCAAGUGCAGCGCUUCCAGCCAAUUGGAGUAAAAACAAGCCCGAAGUCAUUGGCUGCCAAGCGCCAACAUAGUAUAGAUGAAGACAGCAAAGAUCUUGUGCAAAGGAAAAGUACAAUCCCGUCUGAACCUCUCAAGCAAUCAUCUUUAGAUUCCCAUUGUCAUGUCAUUCAUUGUGAAUGGCAGGAUGUAGAACAAAGAUAUCAAAGCCAUAAGUUGAAGAAUGCGAUGGAAAAGGCUGAAAGGUUCGAACGAGCGCUCUAGUCUCACAUCGUUACACUAUACUGUUGCCAGAUUUCCACUGUAACCGGAGAAAAUUUCCUCUUUAUUAAUGAUGAAUUGGAAGAUGGGGAAUCUUAGCAGCGAAUUAAAGAUAUGUUUGAGGACUGGGGUCAACUGGAGCUUUAACGUAGUGAAGAGUCAUGGGAGUCUCACUGCACAUGUUCCGUGGGUCCGAAGGUUAUAUGGUUGUGACUCAAUGCUUGUUGAGCAUCUCCGGCUUCCAUUCAAUGUCUUAUCUAUUUAUGAAGGAAAAGUGGUUGUCAGUUCACAAGAGUGGAUGCUUCAGGCUUUUAAUAGGAGGUUUUGGACCAUUUCAGUUCGUAUCAGGGCAACUUGCAGUGUCAAGAUUUGGUUGAAUCAACCAGGAGACGACAUCCCCAAGUCUUUGCAGAAGAGGCUUCUCUUGAGAUAAGUUGCAUCAUUUUGAAUCGGUCCAACUAAAUAAAAUUUGAUUAACUGCAACAAGUCGUUCAGUUGUGCAUUGGCGAAUUUUCAGGCAAUCUGGGUCUAAUCCAUUACUUUUUAGAUGGGCAUCUAGGUCCUUGAACCUAUUCUGGUGUUGGACCAAUCACCAAAUUUUCCCGGUUUCUUGUUGAUAGGAAUUUCCUAGAUAGCACAUCUAUCGUUCCCCUUGCUUUCGGAACCAUGGUAGACAAAAGAAGAAGCUUUUGCAUUCGCCUGCACUCUUACAGGUGAUUACUCCUCUUUAAGGUAAAACACAAGGUUUUUGACCUGCUGCAUCUUUGCACUCCUAUCCUAUACCUUCAAGGCUUGUUAGAGCUCCUCUCAAAAUAAAACCUUAACAUGCAUCUGCCUUCCUGGAGCAGGAGGUUGUGCUUAAGAGACUGCGAGCAUAGUUUCUUUCUUUACCUUCUAUAGUAAAUAUGCCCACAAUAUGGAGUAGACAUGUACACCACACUCUCUCUGACCAAAAUAAGAUUCACGCAUUCGCGCACACAUGCCACUCUCCACAUGAAGACAGGGCGGAAGAUGCUUCGUCACAUCAUGUCUCAAUGGAUGGACUCAGUUUUGAGUGUUUCCUCCUAGCAUGUCUUGUGCACUAAGCUGUGAGUUUUGGCAUUUUGGCUAUACCACGAUGCUUGCAAGAGAUGAUCGAAAUUGCUGACUUUAAUGUUUCAAAGUUUGAGGUUUUGAUACAAUUUUCUGCUUUGUCUUUA